AUGGCAGACGCUAACUUUGUGAACAGGGACAUUUCCUUUCGGAACCAUCACGCCGAGAACGACGACGAUGAUGGCAUCUCGAAAGCAACGCCUCUUCAUUCCAAUUACUCGUUGAAUUUUCAGUUUCUAAAAGAAGGAACCCUCUUUGAUCGGAGCCAACAAAUUGAUACGUUGAUGGAAGUUUUGUCUAGACGGCUGAGACCCGAUUCCACACCAGAAUUCGUUCUGAUUGCUGGUACUACUGGAACUGGCAAGACGGUACUCGCACGGAAACUCAAGCAACCGGUGCAGGACAGGGAUGGAUUCUUUGUCAUGGGAAAGUUUGAUCAGUUGAAAAAUUCGCAACCGUUUGCACCCUUGGUAGCUGCCAUGACGGACUUUGUGAGACAAGUUCUGAAGAAAAGUAAUGAAGCCGUGGAUGCAAUAUCAGCAGACAUUGUCUCACAGGUGGGAAAUGAUAUUGGGGUUUUGACAGUGCUAGUUCCGGCGUUGGAAGAAUUGGUUGGACGGCCAGCGGAAGGAUCUCUCUUUACCCUAAAGAGUGCGGAUGCGGAAGAACGUCUGAAAAAGAUAUUUGUCAAGUUUGUCAAGGCAACAUGUUCGCUGACACGGCCUUUGGUGUUAGUGAUGGAUGAUCUUCAGUGGGCGGAUCCGGGUUCCUUGGAACUCUUGGAGGCGAUUGUCAGUGACAAGCACAACCAGGGGCUUGUGGUACUAGGGAUAUGUCGAUCCAACGAAGUUUCCUACACCCAUGACUUGUCUGUCAUCUUGAGGCGCCUCAAAAAUGAAAAGGGCGUUCUGAUAACAACCGUGGAUGUCAAAUGUCUCUCCAUCCAAGCAGCCAACUCGCUAGUCGCUUGUGUCUUGAGGUCUCGGGAAGACGAUUGCGUGGGCGUCACUAAUAUUGUCUAUGCCCGAACCAAAGGAAAUGUAUUUUUUAUCGUGCAAUUUCUAAAGGCACUCUUUGAAGAUGGUGUCCUUACCAGAGACCCCACCAAUCACAGCUGGCUGUGGGACGAUGACAUUUGGGGAGCCAAAUUCGAAAACGCCAACUCGAUACUGGACCUUACGGCUUCUCGCAUCAAAAAGCUGCCGGUUGAUUGCCAAUUGCUGCUAUUGUAUGCAGCUUGCCUGGGUACGGAACUAGACGAGGAUUUGUUGUCCAAGCUGUUUGUCGAUUCUUUGACAGUUGGUGCCGAGGAAAAGAGCGUUUUGUACGAUCUUGCCGAGUCGGUAUCCAAUGUAGACUUGGACGGCGCUAUCGAGAGAUGUGCUUCGGAAGGCGUAAUUAUCAAGGAAUCCCACUCGAUGACCUAUCGCUUUUUGCACGAUCAAGUAAAGGAGGCAGCCUACAACUUGAUAGCCCCAAGUGAGCAUCCAAGCCUACACAUAUCCUUGGGCCGCUUUUUGUGCAAGGUGCUGACACGUGAUGAGCUGGAACAAUACGUUUUUGUGGUCCUAGACCAAAUGAGGCUUGGAAUUGAAUGUAUCUUUGCAGAAUCAGAAAAGGUUCAUUUUGCAUCGCUAUGCUUGCUGGCGGGUAAGAAGGCAAUCAUAUCCAGCGAUUUCAAGACAUCACUGAGAGUACUAGAGCUUGGACUUGGUCUGCUAGAUGCGAGGCAAUGUUGGCGAGACGAAUACGAACUAACACUAGCUUUGCACAACACGAUUGCCCAAGUCACAUGUUGCCUCGGCGAUUUCCAGGGAACCGAUGAAGCUGUAAAAGCGGUGACACUUCAUGCAAGAUCGUACAAUGAUCAACUUCCAACGUUGAUGCUUCAAGUUUAUACGUAUGGAACUCGAAUGCGGCUGAAAGAUUCGAUCGAGCUCGGAUUGGAUGUCUUGGAGAAACUUGGUGAACCGAUUCCGAGGAAUCCAGGGACGCAUCAGAUCAUAUUUGAGCUCUUCAAAAUUAAACGGACUCUGAAACGAAGAUCCGAUACGUCUAUUAUUGGUUUGCCAGAUAUGACGGAUCAAACCAAACUUUCGGCAAUGGGGAUAUUGAACCUUUUGAUUGCUCCAAGUUUCAUUGCUCGCCAAAACCUGUUACCACUUGUGACCUUUAAACUGUUCAGACUAACGCUGAGCCAUGGGGCAUCUGCUGUAUCAACUGUUGCGUGUUCUGGUACUGGUCUGGUGCUUGCCAAUAUUGGCGACCAUGAUACGGCGUAUCGUCUCGGACAGCUAGCACUCUUGUUUAUCGGAAGGUACAAUGCAGUUCGGAAUGAUUGGAUCCCCCGAGUCUAUGUCGGCCAUUAUGGAAUCAUCUCCCUCGCGAAGGAACCAAUUGGUCAAGUUCUGGAGAAACUAGCUCAUGCACACCAAGUCGGAUUAGAAUGCGGCGACGUAGAAAUGGGUUUCAUUUGCCUGCAUAUGUGUCGAGUAUACUCGUUCCAUGCGGGAUACUCAUUGGUUGACUUGGAACCAAAGAUGAAACUAGCAUUAGAGCAAAUGGAUGCAAAGAAUCAAACUUUGUGGUAUGAAAUGACUCAUGUUUGCUACGAGGCACUUUUGGUACUCAUGGGAAGGACAGGUGACCCUGCAGUAACAAAUGGUUGUCUCAUGACACUGGAAAUCGGAUCUGAGAAGUUGACACAGGUCCUACAAACCGCAAAUCUCGAAGUACACAUGUUCAUGUGCCUUGCCAAUAUCCAUCGAAUGGUGACUGCGUAUUAUAGUGGUGACUUUGAGCUGGCGCUCGAAAUGGCCAAGAGAAGCAGAAAUGCAAAGAGAAUUCUUGGCACAUCCAUGUAUGUUCCCUUUCAGGUAUGUUAUGAUGCUCUCACUUGCAUGGCUUUGCUGAGGCGUCAGCAUGUCACCUCCCCCAUCCGGAAACGACGACUGCUCCACCAAACUCAGAACUGCCUGGCAUAUUUCAAGAAAACUGCCGCAGGAAUCCCAGAAAACUACCUUCACAAAAUCCACUUGAUCGAAGGAGAGUUGUUGGCUCAUCACCGCAAACCAGCGCAGGCGGUAUCAAUGUACGCAAAAGCUCAAGAACAGGCUCGAAAGCAUGGGUUCCUGGAAGUUGUAGCCAUUGCAUGUGAGCAAGAAGCGAUAGUACGUCGAGAGUUUGGAAUGGCAGAGCAUUGGGAAUGCUACCAGAAGGCGAUUCGAUGCUAUGAAGAGUGGGGUGCUUUUGCGAAGGCUAGUCGAAUGAAGCAAUUGGCGGACGAAAAUUUGUAG